GUCUUGUUACUGAUAACAUUAUUCUGUUUGACACAAUUUGAUAACAAACUGCUUAAAGGGUGAAACGCAGAGUAUUUAAAGAAAUUACACGCGCACUCGGAGCACUCUUGUCCUGUAGCCAGUGAAAACAAACAUGGGGGUGACUCGUGGACUGCAGUUUAUAACAUUUAUCCACAUUCUGCUAUGCUGUGAAUCUCUUCCUCGCACGCAAAUGCAGUUUGACAUCGAACACACUUGGGACAGCAACCCUGUGAAUCAUGACCCCCUCAAAAUCACCUUCUCUCCUGGGUUAGGAGGCCUGAAGGUGGAGGUGUCUGGUCCAUUCUUCAAUGACCCGGCUGCUCCUGCAGGGCCCCCAAGCCAGGCCUUCCCUGGACUGUGGAAUUAUGAAGUUGUAGAGACCUUCUUCCUUGAUAGUACUACAGAAAAUUACCUGGAAGUCGAGUUUUGUCCACAUGGACAACACCUGAUAUUACUACUGUCAGGAGCCGGCCAAGCAUUCCUGCAACAGCUUCCCAUGGUAUUUAACACCAAGAUCACUGGAGACAGAUGGACAGGUGAGGCUCUCAUCCCUUGGACAUACUUCCCUCCCAAUGUCAACAAGAUGAACUCCUACGCGAUCCACGGCUCAGGAGAGAAUCGUAUAUAUGAGGCUCUUUAUCCCAUCCCCAAGGGGGAGAUAGCCGAAGGACAAAUGCCUAACUUCCACCGGCUAGAGUAUUUCGAAGAUUUUCGCCUGCAGAGCAUCAUGGGAGAGGGUUGGGUCCAACCACCAUCUGAUCUAUGGCUUGGAAAGCCUUAAGCUUCUCAGAAACACUCCUUCUCUUUGCCUGUUUCACUCUUGCAGACACAUAUCCACAAAAAUCCUCUAAAACAGCAGCAGGGCAAUAGGAUAAACACUCUCUGACAGGGAACAAAGGGCAAUCAAUCUUUAUUAGUUAAUGAUGUCAAACGAUAUGACAUGAAAUAUGUUAUCAGCUUGUCAGAUUGCGUUAGUCUUCACACACAUCUGUGCAAGCACACAAACAUGCACUGCAAGAUAUUGGACGUCGCCACAAAUUGCCUGAGCAGAGCGUGACCUACAACAGUUGUACAGUGGAGGAAAGCGCACAGCUUAAGUGUUUGACUUCAGUGAGAUAAUUCCUUGCAAUUCCUCGUGAUUCUAAACCCUAAAUGUUGAGACGCUGAUAUUAAAAAAAAAAAGAAAAAAAAGAAAAUGUGCAUUCUUUUGGGUUUGUCUUUAUUGUCAUUCCAUUACUAUGAUUAAUGUCCUUUAUAAUAACAUAUUUUUACAUACUGCUGCUGUCCUUUUUCUGUGAUUGAUGUCACUUUAAUUUUAUGUCUGAUGUUUGAUUAUGUUUCAUUCCCAUGUCUGUAUAUUAAAAUAAUUAUCUGACA